UAUUACACUGAAAAAAAUUAAUUACCAAGAUUGUAAGAUCGUGGUAAAUAAGUCAACUUAGAAUUCUGGGCUAGAAUUUGAUUUGAAUGGAUGAUGCCUGGAGGCAAUGAACGGAAUGGAGAGGCAUGGACACGGACAUGGACAUUCGCACCACCAUCAUGCUCACGGAAACUCGCAAAGUUCGUCCCACAAUUCCAAUCAAUCGUCAAAACACAGUCACACACAUGCCUCACAUGCUCAAAAAGAGGCAGCUGCUGGGCAAGCGGCUGCUCAAAAAUUAAGAAACUACAAGUUGUUAGUCGAUCCUUUCUUGGCAAAAGGCGCAUCCAAGUUAUACCGUUACGAUGGAAUUGUACCCGGAGAUCCCACGUAUCCUCCGGUUCAGCUCCGAGAUCCACGAUCACAACUAACAAGGAUAUGGACGAGAUUAGAACAACUAGAAUUACCUGUGCCUCGUUUUAAAAUUGAUUCCAAUUACUGCGGAGAACCACCUCCACUUGAGGUGACCUUUUGUCAUCUAAAUGACAACAUAGACAGAAGUUUUUUAACAGAUAUGGUUCAAAAAUUUGGCUUGAUUGAAGAACUGACUAUUUAUUAUCAUCCGAUGACAAACAAACAUCUAGGAAUUGCCAGAGUUAUAUUUGAGGCAACAAAAGCAUCUAAAGCUUGCGUAGAAAAAUUGAAUAACACUUCGGUCAUGGGUAAGGUCCUGAAAGUCUUUUUAGACCCGUUUGGCGACGAAUGUAAGAAGAUCUACGAGGAUAUGACAACAGAGAAAAAGCCAGAGAAAAAGAUUGAGAAGGAAAUAAAACUGGAAGUUGAGCCUGAGAAACAAACACCGAUUGAAAAACUUCCACCAGAAGACAGAGAAGAGUAUCGCACUGCCAAAAAGAGCACCCAAAAUUUGGAAAAGUCCCGAGAUCCAUACAUUGAAAAUUCCAGAUUCAAUAAAUUCAGAGAUUAUCCAACACCUGGAGGGAGCACUGGUAGUGAUAUAGGGUACAGCACUGCUCCAAGUGAACUGAACUACUCGAGUACCUAUUCCCAAAAUUCUACCCCUGCAACAAGUUACGAUUACCCUCAAUACUACCCAAGUUAUCAUCAUCAACCACCCAACAGUUAUGUAGCAAAUAUGCCGCCGAAUGUAGCACAGCCUAUAUCGGUUCAGCAAAAUUCGAGUAUGUGGUGGGGUUCGACUGGACCCAAUCCUGGUCCGGCGGGAUACGCCGCCACACCUGUGUGGCCAGCAGCACAGCACAAUGCGAGCAUAGAUACACCGAGUUUAAUUCCCACUACAAAGACGUCGACUUCUGCAAAAAUUUCACAAGUACACCAUCUACCUAAGAAAGAAAAGGAAACUGCACCAGCUGUCAGUAAAAAUUCCUCAAGAGAUUCUCCGGUGGAUGAUUCUCGUAAGACAUUGGAUUUGGAUACCAGAAUUGCUAUGCUUUUGAAGGAUAAGGCUGGAGGCAUGGCUCCACCUUUCCUGCAAUUUGGAAGCGAUUCAGAGGACGAUAAAAAGUCCCUUCAACCCGAUGAAGAAAUUUUAUCCGAACCUCCAAGUCCGUUUCUAUCCUCUGACAUGUACAAGUCCUGUUUUGAAAAGAUUUUGGAACGGAAUAAGGAACGACGAAAAACCCGCGAGAACAAUAUUAACCAGUUUUCAGUCGACGAAGAGUUAGGGAGUGUAAUAAGCUCUAGUGAAGACGAAGCAUUAUUAGGUAGUUACAGUCCUGCUCUCGACGAUAUGGAACCGGAACCACCAAAGGAGCCUCCUCCUCCACCUCCUCCAGAUGAUGAUCGAAUGUCGCUAAGCAGCUUAAGCUCUGGAGAUGAAAAGAUCGAAGAGGUUAUAGCUCAAAGUGAACCGCAGAAUCAACUGUAUCCGGGAGCUGGUUAUCCCGGACAUCUGGCGCAUUACCCACCACCUACAGAUGUAUAUAAUUGGCCAAGACCGGCACAAUAUCCUUACCCCUAUGGAACACCAUAUUUACCAAACCAUCAUUAUCAACCAACAAAUGCUCCCGUUCCAGGGGGUGUUGGUGCACCUCAAGGAACUGCGUAUUAUCCCACUUUACAGUCCAGACUGCAAGCAAUUGCUAACCACAAUAUCACCAAGGAUAAUCCACAGGGUCCCACGAUCAAUGGGGUGCUGAACAGAGUGGUUAGCGAACUGAAGCAGAUACUGAAAAGGGAUUUCAAUAAAAAAAUGAUUGAGAAUACAGCAUUUAAACUAUUCGAGGUUUGGUGGGAUGAAAAGAAGACUCAGAAAACCCAAAAUACCGAUGAUGUUAGUGUCACUAACAAUGUCCCUAAGGAAGAAGUAUCCAAGCCGCAAGGACUGUCAUCCAUUUUAGAACAAGGAACUCCGUUGGGACUUAACUAUGACGGGUUUGGAUUGGGCAUUAGAGCUAGUAUGCCAAAAAUGCCGUCCUUCAGGAGGAAAAUAAAAGCACCGAGUCCUUCGCCGCAAGAUGAAGAUAGCCGACAAUCGGAUCCCGUAGAUCCUGAGAUAAUUGACAGCGAUAGUGAUUUAGACCUCCCACUCGUGCAAAAAGUUAAAAGACGCGCUCCGUCUCUUGGUACAGCUUCCUCGUCGUCGACGUCACAGAGCAGCUCUAGCGAACAAUCCAGUAGUAGCGAAUCCAGCAGCAGCUCUAGCGAUAGUUCUGAUGAAGAGGAUACAUCUAGCAGUUCGCACGAGCAGGACAGCGACAGUCGAGUAUCCGAUCAUCGUCCAUUAGCUUGUAAUAGCGAUGAUCCAGAAAUUUUGAUGGAGUUAGCAAUUCAGAGAUCAUUAGACUGCCCUACACCGACGAGAAGUGAAACGCCUGUACCUAGUCUGCGGCUACAGGACCAGGAUUUGGAUCAAUUCCCUCAACAUGAUAAUGAAACAAGCCCGAUAUCUUCGCCUAAAGUGGACAGAGAAACCAAAGACGAAACUAGAGUGAAGACAGAUGAAACAGAAACCGAAAGAAUAGCAGACAGCUUGUUAACACCUGGUGUUGAUGUAGACAAAUCGAAACCCGAGUCACCGGUACGGAUACUGAAACCACUGAAACCAGUGAAAUCAGACGUCAUUACUGAAUCGCUAGUGAAAGACGAAACCAGAGAUAUUCAGAGGAUGGAAAGUUCAGCUGCUGAAGCACUCAUCGCUCUUGCUGGACACGAUAAUAUUAUACGACACAAGAGUCCCGGUCCUUUACAACCAAAUAUUAUAAGAACUCUACAAACAUUAUCUGCCAAAUACAUAAACAAUGAACCAAUUUUGAAAGAGUCCGAAAAAAUAGAAAUGUUCAGUGAAAUACCCACAACUGACUCGGAGGAAGAAAGUUUGGAAAUCAGGAGAAUACGAUUCCAAGCAGAGACAGACUUACGCCUCAACGGUCAGCAUAGUCCGAGUUCUCCUGGAUCUCAGGCAUCCCAAGUGUACAUGGAACAUUCGUAUUCUCUUCCGCCAGCUGCACCAGAACCAUCUGUAACCGAGUCUCGAGGUCCUGUUGUACCUGCUCCUGCUAAGGCGAAGCUUACAAAACCACCUAAUGUAGAAACACCGAAAGAAAAGUUAGAAAAACCGACGAAGAGGAAAUACAACAAGUAUUCUAAACUACAUGCGCAUCCAAAUCAUGAAAAAGAAAAAGAGAACAUCGAAAAUGAAUUUACUUAUGAAAAGUUACCAAGAAAAUACCAGGAGCCGGUGAAAACUUAUAAAGAAAGGGAUCUGAUGACCGAAAUGGGGGUACUCUACGAAUUUCUUACUAAAGGAAUAGACGCGGAAGAUGUAGAAUAUCUAAGGCGAAGCUACGAAGCUUUGCUCGCCGAUGACAACCAAGGGUACUGGCUCAACGAUACCCAUUGGGUCGAUCAUCCGGCAACGGAUAUUCCAAGCCCUGCAAAAAGAAGAAAACGAGAUGAGUUACGAUUACAUUCUACCGGAAGUGCUCGUACAGAAGGCUAUUACAAAGUUGACAUUCGUGAGAAAGCUAAACACAAACAUCAUUAUGCGCAGAGUAUAAGGCGUAGUAAUGAAGUAGAGGACAGCGGUGGGCCAUAUAUGGGUGGCGAUAGUGCCAUGAACGGUCCUAAAACAAUGGCUAAAGCUUUAACUGGAAAAAUGCAAGCCUUAUCGCGUGAAGCAAGAAGCAACCAACGUCGUUUGUUAACAGCUUUCGGUAUCGAUACCGACAGUGAUUUAUUAAAGUUCAAUCAGCUCAAGUUCCGAAAGAAGCAAUUGAAAUUCGCAAAGUCUGGUAUUCAUGACUGGGGUCUCUUUGCGAUGGAACCAAUCGCAGCUGAUGAAAUGGUAAUAGAAUAUGUCGGACAAAUGGUGAGACCAGUGGUUGCGGAUCUACGCGAAACACAAUACGAAGCGACGGGUAUUGGUAGCUCAUAUUUGUUCCGUAUCGAUCUCGAUACUAUUAUCGACGCAACGAAAUGCGGUAAUUUGGCACGAUUCAUAAAUCACAGCUGUAAUCCCAACUGCUACGCUAAGGUAAUAACGAUUGAGAGUCAGAAAAAGAUUGUUAUUUACAGCAAACAACCAAUUGGUGUGAAUGAAGAAAUUACCUACGAUUACAAGUUUCCACUGGAGGAUGAUAAGAUUCCUUGUCUCUGCGGCGCACCCCAAUGCCGGGGUACUCUCAAUUAAUUUCUUGUCACCUCACCGUUCAUCCCCUUUCAAUCAACCAUGCCCUACUCAUAUUUUUGUAAAUAAAUCCCCAUGUAAACAUUUUAUAAAAAGCCAAUGGAAAACGGUA